AAACCAGGAGUCUGCUAUUAGGCUUGUGAUGGUUAAUGGAUAAGUCAAUAUAGCAUAUACUCGAUAAAUUAUGGCAUCUCAAGAUUCCCUGGCCUACCAUGAGCCGGGAAUUACCACCGUCCUCAUCCAGGCCGGCUUCCUGCUCGCUCUGAACAUGGUCAACACCGUGCUCGACAAGAUCAUCUAUUGCGGGCUAAUCGGACAGCUUUUCAUCGGGAUGGCCUGGGGCAUACCAGGAGGAAAUUUGUUAGAGUUGAAUGUACAAAAGUCGAUACAGCAGUUGGGUUAUUUGGGUCUUUUGCUGCUUGUAUAUGAGGGUGGUCUAUCAACUUCCUUCUCUCAACUGAAGUCAAACUUUGGUUUUUCUGCUCUGGUUGCCAUCACCGGAGUCGCUGUCCCCAUGGGCCUCUCUUUCGUUCUGAUGCAUCUACUUGCUGCAACGCCCCUGCAGGCCUUUGCUGCAGGUGCAGCGCUAUGUUCAACCAGUAUCGGCACUACGUUCACCAUUCUAUCCACUACUGGGCUUUCUAAAACGCGCCUUGGUGUUGUACUUGGUAGUGCCGCCAUGAUGGACGACGUCAUGGGGUUGGUUAUGGUGCAGAUUAUCUCGAAUCUGGGUAGCGCAUCAUCAUCAGCAUCUUUUGACCCGGUUAUUGUGAUUAGACCCAUCCUGGUAGCCUUUGGAUUUGCCGUAGGACUAAUAUUGAUCUGUCGAUUUUUGGUUGCGAAAGCUGUGCGAUUGAUACAUACGAAGAAGCUAUAUGUCCAUUUCCCAGAGACGAUGAUGUCGAUGAACUUUGGAUUUGUCGCUCACAUUUGCCUGCUAGUCGGGAUGGUCGCCGGUGCUACGUAUGCCGGUACAUCAGGCCUCUUCGCAGCCUAUCUCGCUGGGGCGAGCAUUUCCUGGCUUGAUGAGUUGUUGGUAACCAUCUCUACGGAUCCUUCUACAGAAGGCAUUGAGUUGCAAGAUAACCGGGUUCAAAGCACAGAAAGUGACUCUCAACCGAGAACUACAUCACAACAGACAGAAGCAGUAGUCACGAAAAAGCACCCAACAGGAGAAGAAGUCUUCGAACGCCUCUGCAAAGAGCCACUCAAACGGGUCUUGAGCCCGCUCUUCUUCGCAUCAAUUGGCUUCUCAAUUCCCAUCACCAAAAUGUUCCAAGGAGAGGUCAUCUGGCGCGGCGUCGUCUACACUAUCCUUAUGAUGUUCAGCAAACUCACCACAAGCGUUUGGUUGAUCCAAUUGCAUUUCAGCCCGCCUCCAAUCCUGCAAACGAUAGCCCGGAUCUCCAGAAUCCCGUUUUCUUUUUGUACUUCUCGACUAAGCAAGGCAACUAGUGCAUCGUCAAAGGAGAGAAAGAACCACAAAAGCAAGAACAAGGCACCCAACGCCAACAUUAGUACCGACAAGUCUGUAACCCAGGAGCGAGGACCAGAAAAACAGGCUCAGCAGGACCAAGAACCUACCUUAACAACAGUGACGACUCCAGCGCCAACUACUGAGCCUUCUCAGAAUGAACAAAGCAGAACCUCAGUCUCGCAAACAAGUAGAUCCCACCUCCCCCAUAAACCCCGUUCUCUCUACCCAGCCUCAAUCCUAGGCCUUGCCAUGGUCGCUAGAGGAGAGAUCGGCUACCUCAUCGCAUCCCUAGCAGAGACCGAUGGCAUCUUCUCAUCAAGCGAGCAGCAGAACAGUGAUAGUUCCGAGCUGUACCUUGUAGUGGUCUGGGCUAUCACCCUGUGCACCAUUAUCGGGCCGAUUUGCGUUGGUACCCUGGUCAAAAGGGUUAAGACGUUACAGGCGCGGCGGGUGAACUCUGGGAGUGAGGAUCCGUUGGGAUCGUGGGGGGUUACUUCUUGAGUCCGCCUUUACCAUUGGAUGAAAUGUACAAACAUCUUGCAUUGUUGGUGAAUGUCCGUACUCCGUGACAUCUCGGCUCGGCUCGGGGCGGGUGUUUGUUUGGACCCUCAUUUCAGGAAUGUAGUCGGCUCCUAGUACGGAGUAGGAGGGGGAGCUGACUAGACACGCAGCUUUCGUUUCAAUAUGCUCGGACUCGCACCUUUCCUGCAGGCAAUACGGGGCUGCAAAAGGGUUGUAAAUUGCAGGGCAGUACAUAUUGCUGUAUGCCAUUGUCAUGUAAAUCAACUAUCCUGACGAGAAAUAGCACAGCCUGAUUCAGAGUAACUUGAAGGGUCGGGGGUGGAGAGAUAAGAUUCACAUAGCACUGUCCACUGCAGCUCGGACCAAGAGGAUCGACCCCUUGCAUAUCUUUGAAUGGUGGAUUCGUAGUCCAUACUCGUAUGCCGAAUAAUUAUAGC